AUGGUACGAACUGGCCUGGUGGCUAUUUCUGCGGCGCUGUCCGGUUUGGUGGCAGCACAAUGCCCCUACGCUGACCUUGGAGGGCUUGCAGCAAGGACUGAGGGUCGUCCCGCGUCUCACUUGAAGAACUAUGAGGUUGAUGACAGUCAAGGGUAUCUCACAUCUGAUGUGGGUGGUCCAAUUGAGGACCAGAAUAGCUUGAAGGCUGGAGAGCGUGGUCCUACUUUGCUGGAGGACUUCAUAUUCCGCCAAAAGAUAACCCACUUUGACCACGAGAGAGUUCCUGAACGUGCGGUUCAUGCUCGUGGCGCUGGUGCUCAUGGCAUCUUUACCAGCUACGAUGACUUUAGCAACAUCACUGCCGCAUCCUUCUUGGGGAAGAAGGGCAAGCAGACGCCGGUAUUUGUUCGCUUUUCUACCGUUGCUGGGUCUCGUGGUAGUGCCGAUACUGCUAGAGAUGUGCACGGAUUUGCCACCAGACUGUACACUGAUGAGGGUAACUUCGACAUCGUUGGCAACAACAUUCCAGUGUUCUUCAUCCAAGACGCUAUUCAAUUCCCUGAUCUCAUUCACUCUGUGAAGCCUCGAUCCGAUAAUGAGAUUCCACAAGGCGCAACUGCACACGACGAGGCAUGGGACUUCUUCUCCCAGGAGACCUCAACCCUUCACACCUUGUUCUGGGCCAUGGCAGGAUACGGAAUCCCCAGAAGUUUCCGUCACAUGGACGGCCACGGCGUCCACACUUUCCGACUCGUAAACGAAAAGGGAGACACUAAACUCGUAAAAUGGCAUUGGAAGACCAAGCAGGGCAAGGCCAGUCUGGUCUGGGAUGAAGCACAGCACAUUGCUGGCAAGAAUGCCGACUAUCACAGACAGGACCUCUGGGAUGCUAUUGAGUCUGGCAAUUACCCUGAGUGGGAACUCAAUGUGCAGAUUUUCGAUGAGAAUCAGGCUCUUGCAUUUGGCUUUGAUGUCCUUGAUCCUACCAAGAUUAUCCCUGAGGAAUAUGCUCCCCUUCGUCCUCUUGGUGUGCUAAGACUGGACACCAAUCCUGUAAACUACUUUGCGGAAACCGAACAAAUCAUGUUCCAACCGGGCCACAUUGUGAGAGGCGUCGACUUCACCGAUGACCCUCUGCUGCAGGGCCGCAUUUUCUCCUACCUUGAUACCCAGCUUAACCGCCACGGUGGUCCCAACUUUGAACAGCUUCCCAUCAACAGACCUGUUGUUCCCAUCCACAAUAACAACCGCGAUGGUGCUGGACAGAACUUGAUCCAUAAGAACACUGCACCUUAUUCUCCAAACACUCUCAACAAGGGAUUCCCCAAACAAGCGAACCAAACUCAAGGCAAGGGUUUCUUCACCGCUCCUAAUCGCAAGGCUUCCGGUGCCCUCGAGAGACGCCGAAGCUCGACCUUCCUCGACCACUGGAGCCAACCUCGUCUGUUCUACAACUCCAUCACCCCCAUCGAGCAACAGUUUCUCAUCGAUGCUAUCCGCUUCGAGACCAGCCACCUCUCACAAGUGAUCCAGAAGAAUGUUCUCAACCAGCUCAACAAGAUCAGCAACGACAUCGCCAUCCGUGUCGGCAGAGCUCUGGGCUUGGACGCCCCCGCCCCCAACGACAAGUACUACCACAACAACAAGACCAAGGGGCUCUCCAUCUUUGGCCAGGAACUGCCCAGCAUCGCCACCCUCCGCAUCGGUGUCUUGACCUCCACCAAGUCCUCCAGCUCUCUUACACAAGCCAAGUCCCUCCAGGACGAGUUCAAAUCCAGCAACGUGACCGUCAUUGUUGUUGGUGAGACUCUCGCCAGCGGCAUCGAUCAGACUUACUCUGCUGCUGAGGCCGUUGGCUUCGAUGGCAUUAUCGUAGCUGAUGGUGCGGAGAACCUCUUCAACAACAAGAAGAAGUCUACGCUUUAUCCACCCGGACGACCUACCCAGAUUGUGGUGGAUGGGUAUAACUGGGGUAAGCCGAUUGGAUUCUUGGGCAACGCCAAGAACAUCAUCAAGAAUACGCUUGUUUCUGAGGGUCCGGGCGUGUAUGUGGAGAAGAAUACUGGAGAUAUUGUGAAGGGUUUCAAGAAGGGUCUUGCUACGUUCAAGUUCACGGAUCGGUUUGCGCAGGAUGAGAAAUAA